CAUUGUCGCGCGGAGCGCCAGCCACAGCCACAGCCACAGCAAAUUUAUCCACAGCUGAAGCAGCAGCAACUCUAGCAACCGCUGUGGCAGAUGCGCGAGGGAUGGUGUGGGCAGGAGGGGCGGCAGUAGGAGGAAGCGCAUCGGGAGGCGCAGGGAUGCUGACGCCGCUGAAACGCAAGAGAGGCCGACCAUCCAAGAAGGACAGAGCAGAGCAGUCACGCCUCUUCCUCCAGCAGCAGCAGCGGGAAAAGGCAGCUGCAGCAGCUGUUUCUUCUGCUGCUGCAGCAGCCGCGUUGGGAUCAGCGUCAGCAAGAGCCCUUUCCGCUCGCUUGGGUUUGGCAGGGAGUGUGUCGAUUGCGGGCUAUGCGUCGUCGUUUGCUGACUGCUCCCUUUCAGACUCCAAUGCUGCGUUUCCCUGUGUCCCAUCUCCCGCUGCUGCUCCAGUCAGCAUCUUUUCAGGCAGACGGUUUCCAGCUGCUGCUACUGCUGCUGCCGCUGGUUGUGCUGCUGCUGCUGCCGCCGCUGCUCCUUCUGCCGCCGCCGCUGCGGCCGCUGCUAGCGCUGCAGCUGCUACUGGUGGUGGUGCCAGCGCAACAGCAGCCAACAUGCACCUUCCGUUUGCUGCACUGACCAAAAACCAGUCCAUCUGUUCCCCCACGCCUCCUCUCUCUGCACCACCUCUCACUGCUGCUCCUGACGCCUUUGCCGGGCUGAGAGCGGAUGUGUUUGCAGGAAUGCCGUGUGUGCCUGGCGCAGUGGCGCUAGGCGUUCCCUGCGCUCCCCUCACUGCUGAGAUGCAAGCCUGUGCUGCCAAGGGCUUGAUGGGACACGCAGGGCUCUUGGGUUUGCACGGAAGGAAUGCUGUUCUGGCUUCCGGUGCUGGUGCUGGUGUCCAUGCUGGUGCUGCUGGUGCGUAUUUUUCUGCUGCUGCUGCUGCUGCAGCCGGCACGAGUGGUUCCUCUUUCCCUGCGACCAACGGUGCUGCUUCUGGGGCUCUUGCAGCAGGCAUGAGCACAGGGAGCGGUAGCCAGGGGUGGAUGCUGCUGCAAAUGCUCCCUCAGGAGGUGCUGCCUCAGAUGUUACCGCAGUUGUUACUGUGCAGUCAAGUCAUGUUUCCGGGCACCAAUUUAUGUGCAAGCCAGUUCCCACCGUUGCUUCCGCCUCUGCACGCGAGUUUGCCGCAAAGCCUGCAAUCCCCCUCGGGGCAGCACGGCGCAGUCGGAGCAGCAGCAGUCGGUUCAAAGCAGGAAGCACCUGCUGGUGCUGUCGGAACAGCAGCAGCAGGAGGAGGAGGGGGAGGACCAGCAGGAGGAGGAGUUGUGGCCACACCUGCUGCUGCCGCCAGGUUUUCAGCAACAGCAGCGGCAGCGGCAGCGGCAACAGCAGCGGCAGCAGCAGCAGCAGAGGAGAUCAGAGAAGCUGGAGCUGCAGCAGCAACACCCAGUGAAGGUGGGGAGACGGCGCCACGAGGAGAUGCAGUGGGGGGUGAGAGAGGGAGUUGGAGGGAGAGGAGAGGCGGGCAAGGGCAGCGAGGGAGGGAGGAGGAGGACGAAUUGGAAGGAGAAGGUGAGCGAGAGGAUGACGAGUGGAAGGGCGAGGAGGAGGAGGGGGAGGAAGAGGAGGAGGAAGAGGAAGGGGGAGAAGAGGGGGAAGAAGAGGAGCAAUGGGAGGAGGGAGGCGUGACGCGACGAGGGGUUGCUGCUGCUGUGCCUGCUGCUGCUGCUGCCUCUGCUGCUGCUGCAUCUGCUGCGAUGUGCGGCCCUCGCUUGUUCUCUGCAUGGCAUCUGUCGGGACAAGCUGGCGCUGACGUUGGCGCUGCUGCUGCUGGUGAUGCUGCUGCUGCUGGUGCUGGUGCCGCUGCUGCUGCUGGUGUGGGUGGGGAGAAGUCCGAAGCUGGGAGUUGCGGGGGCGGGAACAGCAUGGUUCGGGUUCCUGCAUUGGCCCAUGUGCACAGGGCGGCGACAGGAGCUCACAGAGGGGCUGUUCAAGAGCCUAAAGAGAUCAAUAAAGAUGCUCGUCAGGAGGUCGAGGAAGGGGUGCAGCACGGGGUGAAGGGAGGAUGUAAAGCGGAUGGUGAAAGGGCCUUACGGCCUGUCCAAUGGUCUGAGCGGGGUGGAUAUUCAGGGAGUUGUGGUGAGCGGAGAGAACGGCUGGGCGUGGGGGGCGCUGGCGGUGUGAGGAGGAGGAGAAUGGCCGAGGAGGAGGAAGACGAGGAGGAGGAAGAGGAUGAGGAGGAGGGAGAGGAAGAGGAGGAAGAAAAGCAGGAGGAAGAGGAGGUGGAUUCGGGGGGAAGUGACGAAUUGAGAGAAGGAGCAGCGAAAAGAGGAGCAAGAGGGGCAGCAAGAGCGAGAGGGGGGACGAAAGCAGGCAAGGCACGAGAGGGCCGCGUAGCACUGACAGCAGCAGCAGCAGCAGCGGCGCCAAAGCCAUCUUCAGGUGCUGUCCCCGCUCUGGACUGGAUGCUGCUGCAGAUGCGGUCACGCGUGGCAAUGCCUGUAAAGGCACUGGAAGAGCAGGCGGAUGAAUGCUGCCCUGCUGUGCUGAGGAGGGCGAGUAUAAAGGCGCCUCAAACGGUGUUGGAAGCACAGGCGGAUGAGCGUCGUCCUGCUGUGCUGGGGAAAGUGGGGGCGAGGGCGAGGGAGAAUGAGAAGGGGGCUGGGCAGAGGGAGAGGGAGGAGGAAAGGUGCAGAAAGAGGGAGCGGGGGGAGGAGAGGUUCGGGAAGGGAGUGUGGGACGGGGAGAGGGAUGGGGAGAGGAGGUUUGGGAGGGAGUGGGAUGGGAAGAGGGGGAGAGAGAGUGGAAUGGAGAGGGAAGGGGCGAGCGGGAGGGAGGUGGGGAGUGGUGGGGGGAUGAAGGGACAUGAGGGAGAGGGGAUGUGCAGGCACAGGAGUAAGAGCAGGAGGUUUUCUGCAGUGAAGGAAGCUGAAGAUGGGAGGGAACGUUUGGAUGAUGAUGCGGGAAGAGGACAGGGAGAGAGGCUGUAUGGAGACCAGCGAAGAGGAGCUGAGAGGCGGAUGCGGAGGAGUAGAGAGGUGGAGAGCGUUGGGGAUUAUGGCGGGGAUGCUGGUGCUGCUGCUACUACUGCUGCUGCUGGUGCCGCUGCUCAUGCUGGUGCCAGAAUCUCUCCACCUGCUGCUGCUGCUGUUGGCGCUGGUGUCGGUGCUGCUACUCCCGCUGCUGUUCCUUGCCCUUUCAUCUCGUCCCAUCCUGUCCCUCCUGCCUCUAUUGCUGCGGCUGCCAUCGCAGCAGCGGCUGCGGAAGCAGCAGAAGCAGAAGCCAAGGCCUUUCCCUUGGCGUUCUUCCCAGCAGCAGGAACUGCAGCCGCUUCUGUGUCUGCCUCUCUCUCUGUCAACGGUCGCCCCGCGCCUCCUCCUCCUCCUCCUCCUCCUCCUCCUCCUCCGCUUCCUCCCCCUCCUGCUCCUGCUCCUCCUCCCGCUUCUGCUAUCCCACCUGCUCCUCCUGCUUUUCCUCACCCGGUUUUUCAAACCACAGCCUCACCUUUCUUUGGUACGUCUGCCACUGCUGCUGCCGCUGUAGCAGCAGCUGCUGCUGCAGCAGCUAGCACCUACGGACUGCAGCAGCACAACCCAGCCUUGCGUUUCCUCUCCCCUUCUCUCCUCCAGCAACACCCGUCCCUUUUCUCCUCCUGGCCUGCGCCCGUUUCGGCCGCGCCGUACCAGUCUUCUGCUUGGUGUGAGAUAUUCAAAGCAGCGGCAGCAGCAGCCGCUGCUGCGUCUGCAGCAGGGGCAUGGGGGGGAGCAGGUGUGAGUGGGGCAGGGGUGUUUGGAAAUCCCCGUUUGCUUGCCAACAUGACUGCGAAUGCGAAUGCGAACGCGAACGCUCAUGAGAUUUUGAGAGACGGACAGGUGGGAAGUUUCGAUUGGCAAAGAGGAGGGGGAGGAUCAGGAGUCGGACUAGCGGAGGCAAUGGCUGCGCUUCAUCGGCAGCAGGAGAGGCUGAAGGGGGUGCUGGAGAAGGGGAGAAAGGGGGGUACACAGAGAGGGGAUGCGAGCGAGAGACGCGAAGAUAGGUGUGAUAACGCGGGUGAAGAGAGGAGGGGAGAGGGUGGGAAGAGGGAGCGUUCCAGGGGAACUGAGUGGGAGAGGAAUGAGCGUGUAGGAGGGGGAAUGGGUGGCCAGGUUGCUGCUUUGGAUUCCGCGGCUGCUUCUGCUGCUGCUGCUGCUGCUGCUACUGCUUCUCUUGCUGCUUCUGCGGCUGUUUCUGCUGCUGCUGUCAGGGAAUUGUCUCCCUGGAAUCGUGUUGUUCCCGGCCGUGACCCUCCCAUUCACCCAGCGCUUAUGAGGCAGGCAUUGCUGCGUAGCUGGACUGCUGCCAACAACUCUCCUGCUGCUGCUGCUGCUGGGCUGGACGCAUGGAACAGCAGCGACAACGCUGGUGGUAAUGCGUGGGGAGGGUUGGGGAGAGCAGUGGAGACAGGAGGGAGGAGGCCCGAAAGAUGGCUGGGGGGAGCUGAGGAAGUAGGGGGGCACGUUAGAGAGGAGGAGUGGAGUGAGGAGGAGGAGGAGGAGUUAGAGGAAACGGAGGGAGAGGUCAAGAGUGGGGGAGUGGCAGAGGAGCGGUGUUUGAAACGAGGCGGCGGUAUGGGAUGCGCUACUUUACCUGGGUGGGAGGAGUGGGAAGGCGUGGCAGCAGCACAGGACUGCAUAUGGCCUGGUGCUCAGUUCAACAGUGGCCAACCUGCUUCCAUCACCCGUGGAGCUGCAGCAGUGGCUGGCCCUGCUCUUCAGCCUCGUGUGAACCGCCUCACCACUGACCCUGCUGCUGCUCCUCCUCCUGCUCCGCCUGCUGCUGCUGGCCCCCCUGCUGCUUCUUCUGCUCGGCCUGCCGCUGCGAGUGAGCGUGGGGAUGGUCUGCUCGCGCAAGGUGUACUUCCGUUCCUGGGAGACGCCUCGGCGCUUGCACCUGUCGCAGGCGCGUGCAAUGGAGGGCAGCGCAUGCCUGUACCCCCACGGUCGCUGCAACGGUGGGGCUUUAGUGGAGUUGUCCAGGGGCUGGAGAGCUGCUGGGUGGGGGAGGGUGGCUACGGGCAGAGGAAACUUUUGGACGAGAGGACAGCUGAGGUCGGGGUGGUGGAUCAGGGUCUUAGGUCCCGGGCGAUGGGACAGGGUGGGAUUAGGGGCAGAGGGGGAGUGGGAGUGGGUGGGGAGAGUGUGUGGGAAGAGGAACGCAUGCUACAGGCUUGGAACAGCCAGUUGGCUGGUCAUUCUGAAGCUGCUGCGACCCAUGCUGCUUGGUUGGGUGCUGCUGCUCUUGCUCCUGCUGCUCCUGCUCCAGCUGCUGCUCCUGCUUCUCCCGCCGGUCCUGCUGCUACUGCUGCUGCUGGUCCCACUGCUGGUGCUAGAGGCCGUAUCGUGGGCGGCAGUGAAACAGGUGUGACUGCAACAAACGGCCUGUGUGCAUCCCUGUACGCACCUCCUCCUCCUCCUCCUGGCACCUUUCUACGCAAGGUAGCGCCUGCUAGGCUGGUGCGUCCGCUUGGAGACAGUGGGCGAGGAAGGGGAACGGGAAGCUCCUGGGGUGGUGCCAUCACGGAUGUUGCUGUCAAUACUGCUGGCUUGAGCUCUGCUGCUGCUUCUGUUCCCGCUGCCGCUGCUGCUGCCGCCGCUGCUGCUGCUGCUGCUGCUGCUUUUCGCUCAGUUCCGGGUGAAGCUCCUACGAGGAGAAGUCGAGACCGCCAUGCUGGUGCAGGCAUGAUAGGUCUGCCGCACCCUGGUGAGGGAAUGGCAGGCACCGGUUUGCCACAAGCGGGUGAUAUGCAAGCGAGCUUCUUCGAAAACCGUAAGCAGGUUAUGCAGAAUCCAGGCCAAGGCAGUCAUGGUGGGCACGAUGGCGUUAAGGGAGCUUUUUCUUGGAUGCUACAGAAGGGAGGGAUGCGCAGUGGUUGGGGAAGGGCAGAAGAGCAGGAUGUCUUGGAGGAUCAGGGGAGAGUGGAUAGCAAGGAGAAGAACAAGGGGAAUGCCGUGCAGGAGGCAGUAAGAGUUGCAAGGACAGCUGCUGGUGCAGUGGAUCUGACAUUGAAGCUUUGA